AUGCCUGUUCAAAAAGGGGUUGAGGAUGUUAUCUGCAUAUUCAGAGUCUAUUUCUGUCUCACAUGCCUUACAACACAAAAUAAAUAUGAUGUUGGAUUAUGUUUGUGUGUCUUACAGGGAAAAGUACACCUCGAGCUGCGCUUGAGUGAAGUUAUCACCGACAGUGGAGUGGUCAAUCAUAAACUGGCCACACGAGUGUUGGAGUGCCAAGGCCUUCCAAUCGUCAAUGGACAGUGUGAUCCCUACGCUGCUGUAUCCUUACUUGGUCCUUCGAGGUCAGAGGCCAAGAAGACCAAGGUUAAGAGGAAAACCAACAACCCCCAGUUUGAAGAAACUUUCUACUUUGAGGUUACGCGGCCACUGAGCUACACGAAGAGACAGUUUGAUGUCGAAGAGGAGGACGUCGACAAACUGGCUCUGAGGGUGGAUCUGUGGAACGCCAGCAACCUGAAGUUUGGGGACGAGUUCCUGGGUGGGGUGCGAGUCCCUCUGCGGGUUUUGGGCCAAGCUGGAGUGCAUGACGCCUGGUACUUUCUGCUACCCAGGGAGAACGGAGGGAAGUCCGUUAAAGUGGAAGACCUGGGCUCUCUGCGUCUGAACAUUGUUUACACCGAGGACCACGUGUUCCCCUCCGAACACUACACUCCCCUCAGAGAUCUGCUGCUGCAAUCUGCUAACGUGGAGCCUGUGUCAGCGUCCACCGCACACAUUCUGGGGGAAGUGUGUCGAGAGAAGCAGGAAGCCGCCAUCCCGCUCGUGCGUCUCUUUCUUCAUUACGGCAAAAUAGUGCCUUUCAUCAGUGCCAUUGCUCAUGCAGAAAUCAACCGCACACAGGAUCCAAACACCAUUUUCCGGGGAAACUCGCUGACUUCGAAGUGCAUCGAUGAGACCAUGAAGCUGGCUGGAGAAAAGUUGUUUCUGCCUCACAGUUUACAUGUCUCAAUAUCUGUCUUAAUACCAUACUAAUACUCUUUCCCACAGAUUUGCACAGAACACAAAUCUUGCGAAAUCGACCCCGUCAAGCUCAAGGAGUCGGAGAACUUGGAGACAAACAGAGAAAACCUUCGCCAGUACGUGGACCGCAUCUUCAACGUCAUCACCACCUCCGGCGUCCGCUGUCCCACAGUCAUGUGUGACAUCUUCUUCUCCCUGAGGGAGUCGGCUGCCACUAGGUUUCAAGUUGACCAAGAUGUCCGAUACACAGCCGUCAGCAGCUUCAUCUUCCUGCGAUUCUUUGCGCCAGCCAUCCUCUCACCAAACUUGUUUCACCUACGGCCCCAUCACCCCGAUCCCGCCACUUCAAGAACCCUCACCCUCAUCUCCAAGACGAUACAGACUCUUGGAAGUCUCGCCAAGUCUAAAUCUGCCAGUUUCAAAGAGUCCUACAUGGCUGCGUUUUACGACUACUUCAAUGAGCAGAAAUAUGCAGAUGCUGUAAAGAAUUUUCUGGACCUGAUCUCCACUUCUGGCAAAUGGGAUCAGAAAAGCAUUGAAACACCAAUCAUGCUCAAGGAGGGGUUUAUGAUCAAGAGAGCUCAGGGCAGAAACCGGUUUGGGAUAAAGAACUUCAAGAAAAGAUGGUUCCGACUCACCAACCAUGAGUUCACCUAUCACAAAACAAAAGGAGAGGGCGCUCUGUGCAGCAUUCCUAUAGAGAACAUCUUGGCUGUGGAGAGGCUAGAAGAGGAGUCGUUCAAGAUGAAAAAUAUGUUCCAGGUUAUUCAGCCGGAGCGAGCGCUUUACAUCCAAGCCAACAACUGUGUGGAGGCCCGAGACUGGAUAGACAUCCUGACCAAAGUCAGCCAGUGCAACCGCAAACGCCUGAGCACCUACCACCCUUCAGCCUACCUCAACGGCCACUGGCUCUGCUGCAAGCUGUCCGCAGACACAGCCCCGGGGUGUACGCCCUGCACUGGCGGCUUACCUGCAAACAUCCAGCUUGACGUAGACGGCGACAGAGAGACUGAGAGGAUUUACUCCCUCUUCGGCACAUACAUGACCAAGCUGAUCAAAAUGCAAGAGGCCUGUGGAAGUAAGUCCGUGUACGACGGGCCCGAGCAAGAGGAGUAUUCUACCUUUGUCAUCGACGACCCCCAGGAGACGUACAAAACCCUGAAGCAGAUCAUUUCGGCUGUGCAGACGUUGGAGCAGCAGCACACCAAGUACAAACGGGACAAGUUCAAGAAGACAAAGAUAGGCAGCCAGGAGCAUCCGAUCGGAGACAAGAGCUUCCAGUGCUACAUUCGUCAGCAGUCUGAGAACACCACCUACUCUAUCUAGCAGCAGCCCUGCAUAUGCCCAGAGCCAGCAUAUUUUUUUUUUCUGUACUGCAAGAAAACCCGGCUCUAAAGCAGCCCAGCAUGUUCUGUUGAGUCGUAAAUCUGUCUUGUUCUUUUUCUAGAUAAGGUGAAAAAGAACGACGUCCAAGCCAAAUAAUUUUCUGAGGUAACUCGUGAGCUGAUUUGGCAACAGGGAUCCCCUGAUUUACUGAUUUGUUCAGUUGUUAAGGAAACCCGAUGCCGGACUUUAAGAGCUGUGUUGUGUCGGUUGGACCACACAACAGCGUCUCUGAACGUAUUCCGCAGAAAUUGGAGGAACAAACAUCAGAUCAGUGCGAAGAAAGAAGGGACGUAAAAGCUGAGCUAUUCACACCACACUUACAUCAGCCCUGAUGUCCCUUCUGCGAUGCGACGAGAGAAUAAACUAAGCAUUUUCCCUGGACACUUUUCAUGGUGACCAACACCCACUUUAAUUGCCUCCAGAUCCUUGGAUGAACAAGCCUCACAGCACACUUUGAACAUCUUCUGUUGUCUGUUUAAGUGUAUUCUUUUCUUAAUGAUUGGUGAAAUGUUUUACCACAUUUUGCCUCCGACAGACCAAACUUAAGAAGGAAGAAAGGACUUUGUCCCUAUGCACUUGCGUGUGUGUGUUUUUUUUUUGUUUUUUUUUUUUGUUAUUCUGUUUUGUCCCAGUUCCCCUCUUGUAAGGCUGCAAGUGUCAAGGGGACAAAAGAAGGGAUCACUUGGACCAAGGAAAUCUAAAAGUAUCUCAACGUUAGCUGUAAAUUCUCGCUCCACACACAAUUUUGUGUUUCUUUUUCAUCGUUAUCACCAGCACGGUAAGCCUGGUAUAGUUUCUCACAUACAUUUGUGACCUGUACAGAGGAUAGAAGAGAAGAUUGCAGGUGUCAUUAGCUGCUUACACAGAGUCUUUGUGUGCUCUAACAUGUCUUGACUGCAUCCACCACUAAAAUCAGUUCGAAUGCACAAAGUCCCAGGUACUCUGAACUCCAACAAAGUUAGCCUGGAGCCUGUAAUGUUGCUUGAAUUGGUGACAUGUUAGAUAAUAAACCAAUUUAUUUUAGAGUUUGGCUCUCAUGUCAUAAUGCAACUUGUUACCAGGUUAGAGCCAUUAUCAGUAGGGUUCUGGUCAUUUCACCACACCGUACUUUUGCAGUUUUAGUCAUUUUGUAGCCUUCUGUUUCAGAGAAAAAUAGGAGCCACUCUUCCUAUCUAUCUUUUGAUGAUUUUGUACCUGCUUUAAAAAUCUUUCAUACAAAACGUUGGGUUACUUGACGUAAUCCCCGGUUCUUUGAUAACAGAGUGAGGUGUUUCACUAUUUCUGUUGUGUAAUCCACUGCAAGGGGAUGUGGUUAUCUAACCAGGUGGAGGACCCUUUGGGUCAUUUUGGUCCAGUUGGGGAGUAUUAGUGCUCCUCUUUCAAGUAGCCCAAAUAGGGAUUAGAAACAGAAAUACUGGAAAUAGUGUAAUCUUAAACAAUACAAUUAUAAAUAAAUGGGGGGGGAAAAAAUGGUAAAAGCUGGGUACAAAUUUGGCAAUAGAGCGGUUGUUUUAAAUCUACAAACGCAGCUGUACAAGAGGCAUUUAGAAAAUUAUCUCAACAUGAUGCCACAUACAGUAAACGACAUGAAGGCACAUCAGUGAAUAUUCAAUUAAAAAACAGUCCCUGGAAGCUUUUAAGCGCCUGUGGAUCUGGAGUCCCAAUUUUUUAGGCACAUAAACAUUUAUUUAUUUUUUUAUUGAAACGUCACUUUCACACUAAUGUAGCUGUUGUAUAUUAACAAAACUGAGAAACAAAAUUCUCCAUUCAAGCUAUAAUCUUUUUUUUACUCUGUGUAGGUAGCUAAAGUCACUUUACUUAAUUCACUGACAUGCAGAGUGUUAGAAAAAGCCAUUACAAAGAUUUAUUUUCCUUCCUACUAUUCUGUAUUUUUAAGCUGUAUUUUUGACAUGGUUUAUGUGGAGCUGACUUGUGUUGCUAUAAAGGUGCAGUCCUUGUGUUCGAUGGAGAACUCAGCUCCUCUUCCCCUCCUUGUGUUGAGAAGUAUCUUACUUUUGUGCAUUCCUCUGAGAAGCUGUCCGCUGUGAAUCUUACCGGAUGCCGGCUCAGAAUCUGUUGAAGGUACAAGAUUUAUUGUUCUUGCUUGGUUCUUUUUGUCCCUUCACUCUUUCCACAGGCAGCCACUCUGACUUAAGCUCUCAUUCUUGCCAAACCAGUGCAUGUGAAGUGCAGCUGUAGCCCCGAUGGACUCUUGAAAACAAAAGAAGCAAAUUUUGUAUUUUCUAAAAACUCAGCUCAUGUCUAUUUAGCCUCACAGGUGUUCCCGUGAAAACAGGGUCCCAACCAGUGCCAGUCAUGAUUUUUCUAAAAUCAACUUUUUAAAAAGCAAUCAAAGAAACUGUUAUUUAGAGUAUGUAUUAUUUUUUUUUUGUCUAACUCAGCCUGGACUGUUUUAAAAGCAGCUGAAUGCUUAUUCAAACAACAUUCUUCUGGUCUUUGAUGACUGUGGUGAAUUUUAAGGAAGCUUCUUGUUUUCUAUCUUGUCAUACGCAAACCUUGAACUAAAUGACUGGAGUAAGUGUGUGUGUGUGUGUGUGUGUGUAUUCUUGUGGUGUUUUUAUGAUGGAUUUUAUCGACAAUUAAUUUAAACCUUUUGUAACAGGUCAUUUAUUAAAACCAACCACUGCCCACUUUCAUGCUAAGGACACUGUUUCCCCACUUUGGCCUGAUUUAGUGCUCCCCUUAUAAAUCUCCUUUAUUCUUCUCCUCUAGAAAAAGAAAGAAAUUCUUUCCUAGUAAAUUAUCAUUUGUGAAUUAUUACAAAAACAGUGUUGCUUUGACUUCUGAACAGUUAUUUUUUUUCUCUUCAGUUGCUAAUUUUCCUCAGGUGUAUGAGACUGAUAUUUAUUACCAUUUUCCAGUGAAGAGUCUGCUGAGGUGGUGCAGCGAUGGCAGUUACGGUAAAAGCACCUCCUCCAUCCCAAAAGCCCCCAAAUAAAGGGGGACUGAAUUAUGCAAUAAAGACAAUAUGCAAUAAUUCCACAAAUCAACAGUUCACGUCUGCUGACCUUUUGCAGGAAAAUGCCUCUAAAAGCAGAGAGAUGGUAUAAAGGGAGAACAGUGUAUUUUGUAUAAAUAUUUUAAAAGUAUUAAAAUAAGUGUGUUAAAAUAUGUACAUACAACAGCUGAAUGAACGGUGCAAAUGUGAUGUGUUUUGUUUUUUUCCUGAAUAACUAAAUGAAUACAAUAUUAAUGUAAA